AUGCCAGAACCAAACAGCGAACAGUGGAUAAGCAUUGCAAAUAAAUUUUAUGAACAUACCCAGUUUCCUAACUGUAUAGGAGCAGUCGAUGGGAAGCAUAUAAGAUGUGUCAAUCCUACAAAUUCUGGAUCGGUUUAUUUUAAUUACAAAAAAUAUUUUUCAAUAAUAUUAAUGGCGGUAGUGGAUUCAGAGUACCGUUUUAUUCAUAUCAACGUUGGAGCGUACGGAAGAGAAGGGGAUUCUAGUGUGUUUAAAGAAUGCCCUUUUGGUAAGAAAUUAUACUCUGAACAACUUGGUCUCCCAGCUCCUAAGCCUCUGCCCAAUACAGAAGAUAAACCUCAGCCAUUUGUUAUUAUUGGCGAUGAAGCAUUUGGCCUUCAUAAGAAUCUUCUAAGACCUUUUCCCGGGCGUGGACUUGAUCAAAGAAAAAGAGUUUUCAAUUAUACGCUGUCGCUGUCGAGGGCUAGAAGAUACGUUGAGUGUGCGUUUGGAAUAUUGGCUAACAAGUGGAGAGUUUUUCAUACACCAAUACACGUCGGGCCAGAUUUCAUUGACAAAAUUGUGAAAGCAUGUUGUAUCCUCCACAAUUAUGUUAGAAGCAGAGAUGGGUUUAAUUUUGAACAUACACUUAGCAAUACACUAGAAGAAAUAGAAUUAAGUAGAAGAGGAACUGGUGCACAUUCUCAAGGAAUUGAUGUCCGCAAUGAUUUUGCAAACUAUUUUAUGGAGGCUGGAUCUGUACCAUUCCAGUAUCAAUUUACGUAA